AUGAUGGCGCCCAAAAUACAAGAAGAUGAAAAUAUCGUCAAUAACAAUAACAAAGGUGACUCGCCCGCGUUCAAACUCAACAUAGAAGACACUGCCGUACACGGCGGGAACACGGACUCAAAUUCUACGAAUAACAGCCAGUUUUCGAGCAUGUCAGACGAAGAGAGUUACGAAUGUUACGGUGAAGGCGACAUGGAGAAUUCUUUGCCUGUCAACAACGUGAUCACAAAUGGCGUCGAAAAUCCAAUCACCAACGCUUUGGGACUAAAGAGGAAUACGUGGCUCAGAACAAGUUUGAGGAGGACGGCAAACGGAAAUAGCGCUGAAAUUCUGCCAAACCGUAAAUGGGGUUCGAUGAGACAUUCAUCGGGCAAAAGGAUCAGUUCUAACGCACUCGCCAGUGAUCUAUAUCGGAGCUCAAGUUUCAAUUCGUCCGGUCGCAGUUCGAUUUGCGAUACGCCCGACGAUGUGUAUUCCGAUACGUCCAUCGAAGAAGACGUUCACGACCUCAACAAUAAGGUACAAGUGUUGCAGAAACAGAUGAAUUCCCUGACCGACAAUCAACACCUGACGGACGAACGGUACGCGCGUACCAAGGAGGAGAACGCCGCUCUCCAAGCCCGCGUCCACAUGCUUGAAGAGCAGCUCCGCGACACCGAACUCAGGUGCGAGGAGCGGCUUGCGUCCGAAGAACGCAGACACAGGGAGCUCGUCACCCGGGUUGAUAGGGAAAAACAAUUGCAUAUCGAUAAUUGUGCCAUAAGACUUCAAAGUAUCGAGUCGGCUAACGAGAAUUUACGAUUAGAGGCAGAAAAGUGCAGGUCCGCGUUAGAGACGAUGCGAACCGAAAAGAUUUCGCUGGAACAACGUGUAAGCGAUCUCAACGUGGGUGCUCAAUCGUUCAAAGAUGAAAUACGUCUGCUGGAGGCCGAACUCAGGAAGUUGAAACAGAGAGAAAGGGACAACGAAGAGAUCAUCGAAGGUCUGACCAAAGAGUUGGAAAUAUCUCGACUUGAAAAGGAAGCCAUGAUCGCUGAACUAAAUUCGCCUUCGCCGUAUGUUACUGAGCUUACGGCCCAGCUGGAUUCGCUAAAACAUCAGAAUCGAUCAUUGAAGGACUCCUACGACGAGUUACAAGCUUCCUCCAUAGCCAAAGGCAUCGAGAGAGGCAGGCUGCUGUUGACGGAGUCGCCCAGCCUCGCGUCCGAACUCGACGGACUGACUCACGAUGACCACAGUCCCUCGUCUUUGCAAAUAAACAAGAUGAAAACCGCCUUGAAAGAUCAACAGGAGGUGAACGAUCAGUUACGGGCUUACAUUGAUAAUAUUCUACUGAACAUUGUUGAAAACCAUCCCGAACUGUUGGAAGUCAAACAAAAUUUAUGA